AUGGGGGAAGAAAUAGAGAUCGUCAAUUACCUCUUUAGGCGGUUGCAUCAGCUUGGUAUCAGAUCCGUCCACGGUGUCCCAGGGGACUUCAACUUAGUCGCCUUAGACUAUCUCGAACCCGCUGGUCUUCACUGGGUUGGAAAUUGUAGUGAACUCAACGCCGGCUAUGCUGCUGAUGGCUAUGCAAGAAUCAAUGGGAUGUCUGCCAUAAUCACAACUUUCGGCGUUGGAGAACUUAGUGCAGUUCCUGCUAUUGCUGGCUCCUACAGCGAGCGCGUUUCCGUUGUCCACAUUGUCGGCAUACCUUCAGCCAAGGCUAAAAAGCACGGGGUGCCAGUCCACCAUUCCUUUGCUGAUGGCGACUACUCUGUCUUCAGGAAUAUAUCGAAAAAUAUAUCCCAAGCCAGUAUUAUUCUUGACGAUUCAAAAAACGCGGCAAAGGAUAUUGAUAGUGUUUUACAAGGGCUCCCCACCGACAUGGUGCUUUCAAUGAUUCCCGCACAAGGCCUUAAUACCCCAUUAGACCUUGCCGUGUCUCCAAACGACCCAAAUGCUGAAGCGAAUGCUGUUGAAUUGAUUUCCAAGGCAUUGUAUGAAUCGAAUAAUGCCAUAGUACUCGUAGAUGGUGGUGCUAUACGGUACCGUGCCCUGAAGGAGACUCAGGAAUUUGUUGAUCGGUCGCAACUUCCCAUUUUUGCGACCUCCAUGGGUAGGGGAGCUAUUAAUGAAGCCGACCCCAACUUCAAAGGAGUGUACAUCGGUGACGUGUCUGGACCAGAAAUUCAGCAGGCAGUCCAGUCUGCCGACCUCGUUUUCUCCAUCGGGGCCGUGGACUGUGACUUCAAUAGUGGCGGCUUUACUAAUCGCACAGAAACCAAGCAUACGAUUGAACUUCACCCCAAUUACACUAAAGUCGGCUACGCUACUUACGCCAAUGUGGGGAUGAAAUUGCUUCUACAAAAGCUACUCGAUGUUGUUGAUUUUCAGAAAGUUCACUCGCCACAGGAUGCGCUAGCUAGAACAAACGUGCUCCAGAGGCUAAGCGACGAAGCAGAAUCUCCUGAAUAUACAAGUCAAGAAAUUAGCCAAAAGUGGCUCUGGAGCAAUAUUGGUGAUUGGUUGCAAGAAGGUGAUGUAGUAAUUGCAGAUGUUGGCACCUCAAGUUUCGGUAUCAUGAGCACUCGCUUCCCAAAGGGGGUUACUUGCAUAACACAGGUGCUUUGGGGCUCAAUCGGGUUUUCGGUGGGCUCUUGUCAGGGUGCCGCUCUCGCCGUUGUGGAAAGUGACCAACCGUCCCGUAGAGUCAUCUUAUUCGUGGGAGAUGGGUCCUUUCAACUUACAGGGACUGAAGUUUCUACAAUGAUUAGACACGGUCUAAAACCCAUCAUCGUUCUUAUUAACAAUGAUGGAUAUACUACUGAAAGGAUAGCCCAUGGACCAGAAAUGGGUUAUAAUGAUAUUCAACCGUGGAAAUAUCGAAAAUUUUUGAAAGCAUUUGGAGCGAAUAAAGGCGAGUAUAAGAACUUCGCCAUUAAGACUAAGUCUCAGUUUAAGAGUUUGUUUAAACAAGGGACUGAGUUCUCGAAGGCGAAUGUUAUUCAGUUGGUGGACUUAUACACCGCAAGAAUGGAUGCUCCUAUUGGUCUCACUGAUACAUGGCGCAAAGUAUCGGAGUUUCACGCCAAAUUGUAA